AUGCCAACGCUGAGCCAUAUUAAGACACCAGGGGCUACUGUGGAAACAGAUAGCUCGCAGGAUGGUUUGGCCAACGAUCAGUUGGAAGAAUUACUUCUUAAAUACCAGGCAUUUUCAAACUGUCCAUUGAAGCCACCACCCAGGGUUAAUCCAGAAAUAAAAGCUUCAUUAAGUGAAUCGUCUUUAACCCGAGACUCGCGCCUGUUAGCCAGUCAGAAUCGCCUUUGCUCAGCUUUGUCUUCUAUAGGCAGUGCUUUAUCUAUCCUCUUUUCGGAGGAGUUAGAAGAACCCAAAUGUACAGUAAUAAAACUAAUUAAUGAUGUUGCAAAAUUAAUUGUAGAUGUUCAUUAUGAACAAUCUCAGGCAUUGGAUUGUUAA